AUGGAUUCCGUGCUGGAUUUGCUCACGCAGCAAACUGUUAAAUCAACGCACGCGCUAUUCAACGGAUCCACCAACAGUAAGGCCGAGGGUACAGCGCAGGCACAAAAGAUUGGUGUCUCGACCCGGUAUAGGGCCGAGUACCUUGCAUCGCGCGAACUUCCACACGGCAUGCUUACCCAGGAGCAGCAGCAGCAGCAGCAGCAAAGCACGUUGGAAGGACGAUGUGCAAAAGGUACUGGAUGGGCUAUCUGGGAGGCAUUUAAAGUCAAAAUCAAAGAAGCCGAAGAAACCGACGCGCGACUUGCGCAAGUCGACAGCUUGCCGCCACCACCAGGCCAGCAGAUUGUCCGCAAGCGCGCCUAUGAGCCUGUGCGCCCUACAUGGCAUGCACCGUGGAAGCUCAUGCGCGUGAUUAGUGGACACAUUGGCUGGGUGCGUGCUCUGGCGGUUGAGCCCGGAAACAAAUGGUUUGCGUCGGGAUCCGUUGACCGUACUAUCAAGAUUUGGGACCUAGCAUCCGGUACACUGAAGUUGACACUGACUGGGCAUAUCUCACCAGUGCGUGGACUGGUUGUGUCGGCCCGGCACCCUUACUUGUUCUCAUGUGGCGAGGACAAGCAAGUCAAAUGCUGGGACCUUGAGACGAACAAGGUUGUGCGCCAGUACAACGGACAUCUGUCUGGCAUAUAUUCCAUGGCCCUGCACCCAACACUGGACCUUUUGGUUACCGGCGGACGUGACUCGGUGGCUCGGGUGUGGGACAUGCGCACGCGCCGGCAAGUGCACCUCUUGUCGGGCCACACCUCGACCGUCUCGGCAUUGCAGUGUCAAGAGGCGGAUCCGCAGAUUAUCUCGGGAUCGAUGGACUCAACUGUGAAGCUGUGGGACCUAGCGGCGGGAAAGUCGAUGGCUACGCUGACGCACCACAAGAAGUCUGUGCGUGCCCUGGCCCUGCACCCAACUGAGUUUGGGUUCCUGAGCGGCAGCUCAGAUAAUAUCAAGCAGUGGCGGGGCACAAACUCGAUCGUCAACACUCUGUCGGUCAACCACGACGGGGUAGUGUUCUCGGGAGCCGAUAAUGGAUCGAUGCGCUUCUGGGACUGGAAGUCUGCAUAUUGCUUCCAGGAAACAGAGACCGUAGCCCAACCCGGGUCGCUUGACAGCGAGGCAGGAAUCUUUUGCUCAACAUUUGAUCGCACUGGGUUCCGGCUUAUUACUGGAGAGGCAGAUAAGACCAUUAAGAUCUGGAAAGAGGACGACGAGGCUACGGAGGAGUCGCACCCAGUUGAUUUCAAGCCAUCGUUGACGCGUCGUCGGUACUAG